AUGUAUACAGCGUCGAGCGCCUUCUUUGACGCCAUCUGGGAGGCCGGCGUCACCCACUGCUUUGUCAACCUCGGCUCCGACCACCCUAGCUUCAUCGACGCCAUGGUCAAGGGUCAGCGCGAGAACAAGGACACGUUUCCCCGCAUCAUCACCUGUCCCAACGAGAUGGUCGCCAUGUCCAUGGCCGACGGGUACGCCCGUCUGACCGGGAAACCGCAGUGCGUCAUCAUCCACGUCGACGUCGGCACGCAGGCGCUCGGCGCGGCCGUGCACAACGCGUCGUCGGGCCGCGCGCCGGUGCUCCUGUUCGCGGGGCUCUCGCCCUUUACGCUCGACGGGGAGCACCGCGGCAGCCGCACCGAGUACAUCCACUGGCUGCAGGACGUGCCGGACCAGCGCGCCAUUGUCGCGCAGUACUGCCGGUACGCGGGCGAGAUCAAGACGGGCGCCAACGUCAAGCAGCUCGUCAACCGCGCGCUGCAGUUCGCCGUCUCGGACCCCCAGGGCCCCGCGUACCUCUGCGGCGCGCGCGAGAUCAUGGAGGCCGACGUCGCGCCCUACGCCCUGCGCCAGGCCGACUGGUCGCCCAUUGCGCUCGGCGGGCUGCCGCGCGGCGCUGCCGCCACCAUCGCCGCCGCCCUCGCCGCCGCCGCCCGGCCCCUCGUCAUCACCGGCUACGGCGGCCGCAAGCACGCCUUCGCCCCCGCGCUCGUGCGCCUCGCCGACGCCCUGCCCGCGCUGCAGGUGCUCGACACCGGCGGCAGCGACAUGUGCUUCCCCGCGGACCACGCCGCGUGGACGGGCAUGCGGUUCGGCGUCGAGCCGUGCAUCGAGGCCGCCGACGCCAUCCUCGUCAUCGACUGCGACGUGCCGUGGAUCCCGACGCGCUGCAAGCCGCGCGCCGACGCCGUCGUCUACCACAUCGACGUCGACCCGCUCAAGCAGGUCAUGCCCGUGGCGUACAUCCCCGCGCGGGCGCGCUUCCGCGCCGACGCCGUGCAGGCGCUGGAGCAGAUUCUCGAGAGCCCCGCGCUGCGGCAGCCAUCGGCAGGCCACGACGCGGGCGCCCAGGCAGCGCGCGUCCAGGAGGAGUACAGGGCGCGGAUCGAGCGGAUCGAGCAGGCUGCGCAGCCGCAGGCGGAUGGGAGGUUCGGCGCCGGCCACCUGUGCAGCCAGCUGCGCGCGCUGUGCCCGGAGGACACCAUCUGGGCCGUCGAGGCCGUGACCAACACGCCGUUUGUGCACGACAAUAUCCGGCCGACGCGGCCCGGGUCGUGGAUCAACUGCGGCGGGGGCGGGCUCGGGUGGUCCGGCGGCGGCGCGCUGGGCAUCAAGCUGGCGACGGAUGCGGAGAGCGGCGGGCGCGGCAAGUUUGUGGUGCAGAUUGUGGGCGACGGCACGUACAUGUUCUCGGUGCCGAGCAGCGUGUACUGGAUCUCGAUGCGGUACAAGAUCCCCAUCCUGACCAUUGUGCUGAAUAACAACGGAUGGAAUGCGCCGCGGCAGUCGUAUAACCUGGUGCAUCCGGACGGGCUGGCGCAGACGGCGUCGAAUGACGAGAUUAACAUUGCGUUCAACCCGACGCCCGACUAUGCAGGCAUCGCAAAGGCCGCGGGGUGCGGCGACAUCUUUGCAGGGCGCGUGAGCGAGGCCAAGGAGCUGCUAGGAGUGCUGCAGGAGGCCAUUGACCAUGUCAAGGCGGGAAAGUCGGCGGUGUUGGACUGUGCUGUGGUGUUUGGCUGCUGA